UAUUUGACAAGUUAGCAUGUGAUCUAGGAAUCUCACUGUGAUCUCACUGCUCAAGGAAAUUGGAUGAGUUAGGACUUGAGUCAUGUAUCCUGCAUCUUUGUUUUAUUUUGUCUGACCCUUGCCUAUUUCCGGUGCGGAAAACGGUCCUUUUCUAGUGGACCGGCAUGUUAACGCUCUAUUUGGUCAAUGUCUAUUCUUUGGAAUUCCUGCCGCAUCUUGAAGCCUGGUAGAAGCUAGAAUGUUUCACAAAUUUAAAGACUCAAAAAGAAAAAAAAACAAGCAAGCAAGUUAGCAAGCAAACAAAUAAUAUGAAGGACAAAUGAAGAGAAAACUGAUAGACCCUAGUAAUAAUUUAGCCUCUCAACUGUCUCCCAUUGCCCUCUCUUAUAUGGAAUCACCAUUUUGAAUACGUCACAGCGUCUAGGUAAGUUAAGCUGUUGUUGUGUGCAAUGGUCAAGGUGAUAGCAUAACAUGAUACUGGGAUAUUACCUCCAUGGUGACAGUAAUACCUGACAUUUCCACAUGGAUGUUACUGACGCCAGUAGGCCGUUCUCAGAUUAGGCAUAGCUGUGCAUAUUAUUAAGAACAAGGUUGUGUGGGGGCGACAAUAUCUCAACAUCUCGUACCGGUACACUGUGGUAUCAUUCCUCCACGGGUGCACUUCUCACUGUUUACAACUCUGGAAGAAUACAUACGCGUGAGGUGAUCUUUUAAACCCGUAAAAAAUGAUGUAUCACGUCGGUAAAACGAUGAUAAUUUUCACUAUCGUGAUUCCAUACAUGUAUGUUGGUAUAGGAGCGGCCACUGGAAAUGUUUACAACGUUACACUUACGAAUAGCAGUACUAGUGAUAUAGGUUUUCGCAAUUCAACAUGGCCUAACGGAUCGUCCGAGAUCGUCUGUGACAACUUUGCUGUGUCCAACGCAUCUGAACUGGGAGUAAACGCCACGUCUAACGCCUACCGAUGUGUGGGGAACGAGUUGUCAAAUGUCAGCGUCAAGCGGUACGUGUCCGGAUCCGUUGGAACUGUGUUUGUGUUGUGCGUUACUAUAUGCCUUGGCGUCUGGUCAGCCGUGGUAAACGGUCUUCCACUCGCCGCCAUCGUCAAGCAAGAACAGCUCCACACCCCUGCCUACAUCCUCAUGGCCAAUCUGGCAGCCAGCGACGUCCUGGCGGGCGUGGUCUUCGUCUUGUCGGGUAGUACGGUUCUGUAUUCCAGCGUAACAGGGGCCGUGUCUUUUCCCAUCGUCUCACGUCUCCGGUUCACGGCGAUCAUUCUCUCCGGACUGUCCUCUGCCUACAGCCUGAUGGCCCUGACCGCUGAGCGUUUCUGGUUCAUCGUCUACGGGAUGACCUACGUCAACAACGUCACCAACGACAGGUGCAAGGUCGUGAUCAUGAUCGUCUGGGUGUGGUCUGUUCUUCUGGCGAUUCUACCCUACUUCGACUGGGAAUGUGCAGGGCAAUCUGAUCACACAUGCCUGCCGUUAGGUGGAGGGUUGUCCUACGGUUACGUGGUUGUUAUCCUAGUGUUCGUUUUCAUCCCGAUGGCGGCGAUUUUCCUCUCCAACAUGGGGAUACUGUGGUGCCUCUGGAAGCACGUGAACGCCAUCGCUGCCCAAGAAGCCGCUGUGGGCGCCCAGCCGACUACAAGCAGGAAAUCCGCGGUCACCAUCGUCAUCCUCACCGCCGUGUUUCUAGUAGGGUGGCUGCCAUUUUUCUCCAGGAUGGCUCUCCUUACCAAGGAUGUGCGUUCGCUGCAUAGAUCGAUGAUCUUCGUCAUCCUGAACUCUUCUAUCAAUCCUGUGAUCUACGGGUUCCGUCUGAAGGAGGUCCGUCGCGGAGUCGUACGGCUGUUCACGAGCAACAGCAGCAACGAACCGGAGAACUAAACAUGGAAAUGCGUUUUCUUUAUCCUUGAUCUAUUUGAAUGAUUUAGAUAUAUGUUUAGAUUUACCACAUUUGUGGAAGGCUUGACGUAUUAAACAGACAACAAUUUCCUUUCAAUACGUCCGUUCGGAUACCAGACUGAAAGGAUUGAACCACUCACAUCGGAAAGGACCCCUACUUUUUCUUUACCACAAGAACACCUAGUGCUGGGAGUGUAGGUGGGCAGAAACCUCAUAAUUUAAUGACGGUUUCCACUCGUUGAUGUAAUGAGCAGUCUCGCAACUAUAUACACCUCAGCCUGACUAAGUCGCCAACCGGUUACCAAAUAUCAAUUGACAAUCAAUAAAGCACAACUUCUAGAGUUACGCUGCUCAAACGCAGUUACAAACAAAUGUCACCGAGUUAAUCUUCAACUUGGCGAAGGCAGCAAAAACUUAAG